CUUGACAUCUCAGGCCUCAACAUCACCAUCGUGCCCGGUGCCUCUUCCCCCUCUUCAACAACUACAAAGAAAGGGAAGGGCAAGGCUGGAGCAGAGGGUACCGAGAUCCUGAGCAAUGCCGACCUAAAGCUCAAGGCGGGCGCACGAUACGCUCUUGUCGGCCGCAACGGGGCUGGCAAAUCCACUUUGCUGAGGGCCAUCAGCGAGAAGCUUAUCCCCGGAAUACCGGAGGAGGUCAGAGUGGGAAUACUCCAACAGACUGGAGGGCAGACAGUACUGGAGCAGGUGGUAGACCGAGCUACUGCCAAGGGUGAGGUGGAGAAGGACAUCAAACAAUUGACUAAAGGAGUCAACGAUCCUGACCCAUAUGGGACUCUGAGAGCUGUGCGGAAGUUGAAGUACGAGAGAAUGCAAAAGAAGCUGUUUGUCUUGGACAAGGACGCCAGUCUAAGGAGCGGAGCGAGGGGGUUACAGGCCAGAAAGGCGUUGGUGGAAUUUGAGAAGGAGGCAAAGAAAAUCUUGACCGGCCUAGGGUUUACGGAUGCUUACAGGGCCAGGCCCGCAAACACCCUCUCAGGAGGAUGGCAGAUGCGGAGUAACCUUGCCGUGGCUCUGCUUCAGGAGACAGACAUCCUGAUUCUGGACGAGCCGACCAAUUUUCUCGACCUUCUCGGUAUCAUCUGGCUUCAGAAGUACCUGGAGGGGCUGGAGGAUAUUCACCCUACACCUCCCACUCUAAUCUUGGUGUCCCACGAUCGCGACUUCACCUCCACGGUGUGCACUGAUCUGAUGAUACUCAAAGACAGGGGCCUCGCCUACUUCCACGGCGACCUGCCAACCUACGAGGCUGCCCAGACCGAGCGCAAGCUCUACCUCACCAAGAUGAAAGACGCCCAAGACAAGCAGAAAGCCCACAUUCAAGACUCCAUCCAAAAGAAUAUGGCUGCGGGCCGGAAGAACGACGACCAGAACAAGCUCCGCCAGGCCAAGUCCCGUCAAAAGAAGCUCGACGACCGUUGGGGCAUGCAAGUUAACGCAAAGGGCCACAAAUUCAAGCUCAACCGUGACAUGGCUGGCUAUCACGAAUCGGCAAGAGAGGCAAUUGACAUCCCUAAAGAUGACAAGUCUGUGUCUAUCUCCUUGCCUCUUCCGCCAGACCUCCGCUUCCCCGGCCCGUUGAUAUCACUUGAGAAUGUCAGCUUCCGCUACAAGAUCAAAGGCAGGCCGGCUCACCUGGUUGUACCGACGCUCCAAGACAUCACCCUGUCUGUCUCCAUGGGCGACCGCAUUGGCAUUGUCGGUCUCAACGGUGCUGGCAAGUCGACACUCAUCCGGCUACUAGUCUCGGAUCCUACCUCAUCGACUUCUGGAUCGAUGUCCGGUGCAAUUCAGAAACACCCGCGGCUCAAGCUAGGGUAUUAUUCCCAGCAUGCAGUCACCAGCCUGCUAUCUCUUGGCCGGGCAACACCAUCUCUCACCGCUCUAUCUCUUUUAAUGUCCGAAACUGCUGGAGUGAUGGAAGAACCAGACGUGCGGGGACUGCUAGGAUCUCUCGGUCUCCCAGGCCGUCUGGCAUCUAAUGUGCCGCUGACAAAACUUUCCGGUGGCCAGCUCGUCCGCUGCGAAUUGGCCAGGUUGCUCUGGAGUCACCCUCACUGCCUGGUGCUGGAUGAACCGACUACUCAUCUAGACUACGAAACUGUCACGGCCCUGCGGGAAGCGCUGAGAUACUGGCCCGGCGCCGUUGUCUUGGUGUCCCACGACCGUUGGUUCGUCAAGGGUGCUGUGGAGAAUCUGAAGGAUGAGGAUGUGGACAGUGAUGGUGAAGCCGAUGAUGAUGAGGAAGACGAGGAGGAGCAAAAAAGGAGGAGACUGGUGUAUAAGCUCGUUGCUGGGAAGGAAGGGGGCAAGAUGACGUUGCUUGAUAAGGGUGGUGUCAGCCAGUUUGAAGAGGGAGUGGAGAAGAAGGUGAGGAAGAUGAUGGCCACCUAG